AUGAAGCCCGCAGUCGACGUAUACAGGGAAGUUACAUCUGGUAGUCCAACUACCACCUCUCCAAUCGACAACCCUCGCCAAACGUCACAAACUGGACCAGGAGCAUCUCAGAAACCGGCCGUACAUCUAGGGGCGUCUUCUUCUGCAGUCGCGAUAGGGGAGGAUGCUGAAAAUGUCAUCGAAGGCGAAGGCGACGAGGAAGACGAGGAAGAGGACGAGUGUCCGUUGACUGAGUCGGCCUUUCCGGGUGUGGACGAGGUUGAAGCAACCCUAGAAAGGGUCGGACUUGAAGAUAUUGCGUUCGAUAUGGAUGUCGAAGAGGUCGAGGUCGAGGUCGAUGAGGUGGAGGAAGGAUUGGAGGGCAUAUCGUUGGAAGAUGUGUUGGCGAGCUAG